AUGUCUCUCCAGGUCGACGACCGCAGUCAUCGCACCCGUUCGCGCUCUCCGGGCCGUCGCGAGCGCAGUCGCAGCCGUGGCCCCGCGCCUCCAGCCAUGGUUGAUCCCCCACGCGAGCCCACCUACGCUUACCCGGAGGACGAUCUCAACGACAGAUAUGCCCGCGACAGAGGGGCGCAAGUUGUUACCGCCGAGCCCGGUGCCGGCAACACCAUGUCGGGAGCCAUCCCCUAUCCGGAGGACGGCAGCGAUGCAAUGUUCCCCGGCACCAGGUCCCUCUACGAUUACGACGACCGCCGCGGCGCAUCAUCCUACCGCCCGCCCUCGUCUCCUCAAGACAGCUACUACCGCAGCUCGCGCGAAACCUACCAAGACCAGCAAGCGCGCGCCUCCGACCCUCGCGACGAUGACAAGUUGAAAUACCUCCCCGCCAAGUACAGCAGUCACAGCCGCAACAAUAGCCGAUACGGCAACGAGGCCGAAUACGCGCCACCCAAACCCCCUCGUCCAGACACGGGCGACCUAUACCCCCCAGCCAAGCCUCCUCGCCCCGUCUCUCCCGGCGGCUACGCUUAUGCUCAGCCUCAGUCUUACGAGUACGCAAAGACUGAUGAGAAGGCCAGAAAGAAGGAAGAAAAGAAGAAGGCGCUAGAAGAGAAUCUUGCUUAUGGCUUUGACCCUCAUGCAUCCAAGACAGGCUUGAAUCCCGAGCCCCGGUACUCCGGCCGCGUGCCGAGCCCAGGACCACAGAUCUCGGCUGGCGCUCAGGCAUACUACGGCAACGACCCCCGCGCCUCGUCAAACGUCUUGACCGUGGAGCCUGGAAGUCGCAAGCGUGACAAGUCGCCCCAGCCGCCGACUCAUCGCAUGUCAAACUUGUCUGUGAACACAGGCCACCACUCAUUGAACAUGAGCAUGUCGUUGGCGAAUGCGCCGGGAUCACCGUUGUUGGAGUCGUAUCACGGCACAUACCAGGAUAUGUCACCAAUGCCAUCACCAAUGCUGCUGGCCUCCUCGCCACAUGAUCUCCAUACCAUGGAGCCCGUCUCUCCGCUCGGCUCUGACGACGAGGGCCGGCGACGUCGGCGGGCGCGGUUCCACGAUACCGAAGAUGAUGCUGCAAGAAUUGCAAAGGCACUCCGCAGCGACAGGAAACACCCUGACACGGAGCCUCUGAUUGAAAUUCUGCCAGGCCUUACUCACGAACAAAUCAUGGAUCUUCGUAAGGAGUACAAGGCGCUUGUUAAGACUGGUCCGGAGCGCAAAGGUGUCAACGUGGCCAAGCACAUCCGCUCCCGCCUCAAGGAUUCUGAGCCGAACCUCAUGAAGGCCUGCUACGCCACUGCGCUGGGCCGGUGGGAGAGCGAGGCGUACUGGGCUAAUUUUUGGUACCAAGGCGACAAGACGCGCCGGGAGCUCCUUAUCGAGUCCCUCAUGGGCCGCACGAACCACGAGAUUCACCUCAUUAAGGAAGGAUUCAACGACAAGAAGUACGACAACAGCCUGACCAAGUGCAUGAAGACCGAGCUGAAGGAGGACAAGUUCAAGAAGGCCGUGCUGCUGGUGCUUGAGGAGCGUAGGAUGGAGGAGUACGACCCUUACGGUCGCCGCCUCGCUCUUGACUACCACCUCGUCGAAGAUGACGUUGCCGAUCUGCGCAAGGCCGUCAAAUCGGACAAGGGCGGUGAGUCGCUCAUGAUCGGCAUCGUCGUGCAGAGAAGCGAUUCGCAUCUCCGCGAGGUGCUCAAGUUGUACGAGCGUACCUACAAGUCUAACUUUGCCCGCGACGCACUCAAGAAGAGCGGCAACCUAGUGGGAGAACUUCUGGCCCACAUUCUCAACGGCGUCAUUAAUAAACCCGUCCGCGACGCCUUGCUCGUCCACCACGCUCUCACGGCGAGCCGCAAGGACGAACUGCGCCGCGAGCUGCUCAUAUCGCGCCUCGUCCGCUUCCACUGGGACCGCCACCACCUGGAAGCCAUUAAGCGCGCCUACCGUGAGCGGUACGGCCGCGACAUGCAGGAGGCCAUCCGGGAGGCGACGAGUGGCGAGUGGGGUCUCUUUUGUAGGGAGUUGUGCAUUUACCGCAUGCCUAACGACGUCAAGAGCUACGAAAAGGUUUCGAUGCAAAUCCGAUGA